AACAGCGAAGAAGACGAAGAAGAAAGUGGUAUCACAGUUUAUAAUUUCAUUAAAAGCGGCUUUAGAAAGUGUGGACAACCUAACGCGAUUUGUCAAUGAUCCGCCCAGUGGUUUCGAUAGGAAGGCAUUAUCGGUUCUGCGUUUAUUGAAAUCACAGUUUCUGUAUUAA